GUACCAGCCUUGCCCUGACCGGUCUGGAGGUUUACGAUGUGGUCUCCGACAUUUGGAACAAUCUCGCCUUGCGCUCCAUCCCAAACGAGACCAUCCAUUAUUUUGUGGGCAUCUUGAACUUCCACCUGCUGACCGUGAUGGGGCUGAACCUGAUCCUCUUCUUUCUCUGGGUAUACCUGAGAAGCGGGCCCGGCUGGCGCCUCGUUCGGGCGGAGUUCGGGCCAAAGGCUGUCCGCCUCCUGGACCUGGUUUCCUUCUUCAAUGCCGGGUGCCAGCGCAUCCCGAUCGAGCACGCCAUCAAGCUCACGGAGGGCGCCAGCGCCUCCGACCUCCAGGAGCUCCAGGGCGAGUCUUUGAGCAAAGUCGAGCUUCUUCAAGAACUCUACAGCCUGAAAUCGCAGCUAGAGAGCGUCGCACUGGUGCCGCGGUUCUAUGAGGACGUUAUCCAGACGGCCUUCCAGCUGUACAUCGUCUACCGUCAAUUACAGAUUGGCGAGUCCCUGCAGGUCAUCCAAUGGCUGAGCCUCGCCGGCUCAACCUUCAAUUUUUACGCGACAGUAGUUGGUGAAGUGGUGAAGCAACUUCUGUACGAUGGGGAUCCCACCCCCCCCGAGAAGAGAGAGGCAGCUGCUGGAUGUGAAGAUGCGGCCUUUCGAGAUCUCUGGAGCAUGAACUUGGUGGUCGACCUACUAGGCCUCGCCUCCUUGCUCUGCCGUUGUUACCUCUGCGCUGCGAUUGGCGACGAGCUGAUCCAGGAGAUCCUCUUGACCUUGCACUUGGGCUUUUUCCUGGUCCACGUGCUUUGCCAGCUCGCCAUGCUGCGCUGCGAGAGGGAGCAUCUGCAGCACCUACGAGGAUUUCCCGUGCUCUUCCUCUUCAACCCGGCCGUCUUCAUCCUGCCGGCCACCUUUGCGUCCGAGUCUCUGGCGCGCCUCUAUGGCUGGCAAGGCAAGGGGCUGGGAGACGAGCGCCGGGAUGGUCGGAAGCACAGCUUCGAUGCCGGGAUCCACGUGGGUGCAG